ACGCGCGACCGUUCACAUUUCACCAAACGGCCGCUCCAAUCGCUUUAAAGUUACACUCCGACCGCGGACAGGCGUUUUAUCUCGGGCUGCGUUUUAUUUACGUGCCAUGGUUCAGUUAUAACUCGGUGCUGAAAUUUAAACCGCGGAAUUCAGCCUGCCCGAAAGAAGUGGAGCGCCUACAGCGGCACAUUUGAGCCUUAUGAAGAUUGUUGAGGUCCCACCGUCAGGGCCGUGCGUCACAGGCCGUGAUGUGGGUAGAGUGUAGGGUGCUGGAGGCUGCUUUUGGAGGCAGAAGAAGGUCCCUUCGCUCCACAGUCAUGAGACUCCCCUGCUCCUUCUGGUUCCUGCUGCUUUUAGGCGCUGGAGGUCUUCUUCUGCUGCACCUACAGGACCUCACAGAGACACUCCAGCAACAGCACCAAGGUGCAAAGGUCAUGUUCUCCCAAGUACAGACUGUAAGAAAGGACCAGUGUCCUUACUGUCCUGACAAUGACAGACAGUCGGAUCCAACGGAGGACAACUUUCCUAAACCUGCACAACCAGUGCAACUCCCAGUCUUCCCAUGGAUCCAGAGUUCCUCUCCAAUCAACCCCAGAGAAAUCACAUCAGCACACAUCACAAAGAACCACCGUAAACUCCUCCUUAAGAGCGGCCCACUCAUCCAGCAGCACAAUGCUGACCCUCCUGGCCAGACCAGAGAGAGUCUAGAGCAGGUGCUGCAGUCCCGCCAGAGGCUCAUGAGGGAGGUCUGUGCCAAAUACACUAGCGGAACCAUUAAGCAGACGAUAACCCGCAUGCACGUCUCCCGUAUCUUUGUGGAGGACAAGCACAAACUGCUCUACUGCGAGGUGCCCAAAGCGGGAUGCUCCAACUGGAAAAGGGUGCUCAUGGUGCUUCAGGGUCUCGCUUCUUCUACGGGAGAGAUCCAACAUGACGAGGUGCAUUAUGGGAAUCACCUCAAGCGUCUAGACUCGUUUAAUCAAAAGGGCAUCAUCCGGCGUCUGAAGACCUACACCAAAGUCCUCUUCCUGAGGGAACCCUUCGAAAGGCUGGUGUCCGCUUUUCGGGACAAAUUUGAGAAUCCAAACUCGUACUACCAUCCAGUUUUUGGGAAGCCCAUCAUCUCAAGGUACCGUAGCAAUGCGACGCAGUAUGCCUUGCGGACGGGAGCAGGAGUGACCUUCAAGGAAUUCAUCCAGUACUUGUUAGAUGUGCAUCGGCCAGUUGGCAUGGACAUCCAUUGGGAGCCGGUUGGCCAUCUCUGCAGUCCCUGCCUGCUGGAUUAUGAUUUCGUCGGGAAAUUUGAGACUCUAGAAGAAGAAGCCAAUUUCCUUUUGAGAAGCAUCAGUGCUCCUAGCAAUUUAACAUUCCCUAGCUUUAAAGACAGGAACCCUAAUGCGGAAAGGACAUCUUCGGAAAUCACACAGAGAUAUUUUGCGCAGCUAAACGUGACCGAGAGACAAAGGGCGUAUGACUUUUACUACAUGGAUUAUCUGAUGUUCAACUACUCCAAACCGUUUAAAGAUUUAUACUGAGGCCUUUUACCGUGAACUUUCUGUGGGCCUUUGUCUUAGUGAGGUUAUUUUAUUACUUUCAAAAUGUUAUUUAUCUGUCGACCAAUUUCAAUGUGAAAUAUUAAUCGCACUCUAUAGUUACCUCUGCAAGCUGGUCCUUGCGUUUAGCUUAUUUAUUAUUAAUUCUGUUCAAUGAGAACCCCUGAAAGAGACAGUUCACCCAUUUGGGCAUCAUUAUGCGGGUAAUUUUGGGGUGAACUUUAAAAUGUCGUGUGUCAUGUUUCACAGACUGUCUAGAAUACAUAGACUCUACUAAGAAUGUGUAAAACUUGUCAUGAUGUUAUUUAUUAAAGUGUUGCAGGCAGAUGAUUUUACGCACAGUUUUGAGUAUCACUUUACUCAGUAUAACGUGUCAAAACAUGGUCAACGAUGUAGUGGUUGGGUUUGGUGCAUCUGAUAAUGACAAAGUCUGCAUUUUUGUGAAUGUAUAGGAACAGUUUGUCUACACAGUGUGUCAUGUAUAGGAGCAUGACCUACCACACCUUUGCCUUACUUUCACAUUUCUUUGUUUUCUGGAUAUCAAUAAACGUUUCCACCAUCUUUCAAUGUA